AUGAAUCCGGCCGUCUCAAAGGUGCAUAGCGCUUGUUUCAAUGCACAACAGGAUUGUUUUGCUGUAGCUACUGAUUCUGGAAUACAACUUUUCAAUUCACAUCCGGCUGUACUUUUACGAAGUUUCAGUAGAGAAGAAAUAGGUGGCGUUAAGGUUACUAGCAUAUUGCACAGAUCUAAUAUCAUUGUGUUCGUUGGAGGAGGAAGUUAUGCAAAAUAUCCAUCUAAUACGGUAAUGGUUUGGGAUGACAAACAGCAGGAACUUGUCCUCGAGGUGCCUAUUUGUUUCGCUACUCAUUUUAACUUUUAUUAUUACCUCAAUUUCAUGAAACUUCAGGACCGAGGAAAUCAGGUAGUACUAGCUCAGGUUGGAAGUGUACAGCUUGUGAAUUUAAAUAACAUGAGCGAGUGUGCUUCUCUUUCCCCUCGUGGUAUUGAUGCUCAUUUAAACGAAAUAACUCAAUUAGCGCUAAACAAUCAAGCAACCCUUCUGGCAACUGGAUCUACUAAGGGAACAGUCAUAAGGUAUGAUUAAAC